CGAAAUGCCAACUAUAGGAACGCAUUCCAUUGGCAAAUAGUUUGUUAAUUGGAGUCACCUUGAACAUUGCGGCGAUAUUUAUCAGCAGUACAAGACAACACUCAAUAUGAGAGUCCUUGCCUUUUUGGCCCUUUUGCUUUCUCUAUGCUACAGCACAUCUUCGGCCUGUGAUCCGCAGAGCAACAAUCAGCCCCAGUGUAACCAAAUCAAUCUAAAUAUUCCGAUACGAAACUUUUGGGAUCCCACCGUUUAUUGGCUAUGCAAAUCAUCUCAAAGCAUUGCCGAAUUAAUUAAAUGUCCCGAUAGUCUGUUAUUUGAUCCCGUUAGACGUGAAUGUGUUCCCAACAAAAAGUGGAUUUGGCUUAAACCCUGCUCAGCUACCACCUGUGACCCGGAGAGUAACAAUGAACCCAUUUGUGAUGGUACAAAUUUAAAUAAGCCGAUACGGAAUUUUUGGGAUCCCACCGCCUAUUGGAUGUGUAGUCAGGCCAAUGCUGCAGCCGACUUGGUGAAAUGUCCCAUUGAUCAUAUGUUUGAUUCGGAAAAGCAGCUUUGCAUACCAUCGAGUAUGUGGACUUGGUCUGAGCCGUGUCCGAAUAAAAUGUAACAUUUUUUUUGUUUUUUGAAAUUGAAAAUAAAUAAAGAAAGGUGUAGUGAAACUCGAA